UAUACUAUUAAACUCACUUACCAUUUGCUGACAAAUUUAACAAUAAUAAUUUGUUUAUCAACGUUAACCUCGAUAUUAUAUUCCUCUCAGAUUUGAAUCAGGAAGUCUCCUCGUUCUUUCCCCACAAACUCUCUCUCUCUCUCUCUCUCUCUCUCUGCAGUAUAUUUGUGCCCAAGUCCACCUUCGCCCUUCCCUUCGGAACUUCCACCUCAAUUGAAGCCUCUUCUAUCUUCCACGGUGCCGAAAUUCAUAUAUACCCACCUGAAAGUUUGAAGCUCUCUCCUGCGAUCAGCUUUAUAAUAUAGUUUCUCAUUUUGGAAAAACCAGUGCUGUUAGAGACUCUGAAAUCUGAAUGAUGGCUCAAAAGCACUUACACGAGCUACUGAAAGAAGACCAAGAACCAUUCCUUCUCAAGAACUACAUUACCGACAGACGCUGCCAGCUCAAAAGGCCCUCACCCAAGACCCAGUUACAAGUCAAGAAACGGAAACCCAUCUCCGAAACCCCAAGCUUUCCAGGAACCUUUCGCAAAAACGUUUGCUUUUUGUCCUUCCACGACUCCCCGGACCUCAGGAAAUCCCCACUGUUCGAUUUUUCAUCUCCCGCAAAAAGCCCCUGCAGAAGCCCAAAUGCCAUUCUCCUUCACAUUCCUGCAAGAACCGCGGCUCUUCUUCUUGAAGCUGCCCUCAGAAUUCAGAAACAAUCAUCAGCUUCAAAACCCAAAAUCCAAAACAAAAAUCCGGCCUUUGGUUUGUUUGGGUCAAUAUUAAAGAGAUUAACCCAUCGGAGCCGAAAGCGCGAGAUCGAAGGCGAUGAGGCUAACGUAUCAGUAAAGGACAUUCUGAUGUGGGAUUCAUCGGUUGGGCGCAGAAGAACUUGCAAUGAAAGCCUGAAAAAAAUGCAGAAAAAAAUGGUGGCCGAGGGUGACGAAAGUGCGUCUAAGAUAAAUGCUUGUGAGACAAACCAUUCUUGUUCUUGUAAUAGUAGGCCUAGUAGUGCUUUUUGGUCCGAAAGCAAUGAGGACAGGUCUCUGGAUAUGGAUUUCUCUAGCAGUAGCCAAUCCGUAGACUCUGAAGUACUCGAAUUGUUAUCCAGACGGAGAGAAGAUGCGGAUUUCUAUUGCUGUGAAAAUCGCUUUUGCGAAAGUCCUUUCCGUUUCGUGCUUCAAAGGAGCCCGUCUUCUGGUCGCCGGACGCCGGAGUUCACGUCACCGACGGCGUCCCCUACUCACCGCAAAACUGAGGAAAAAGAUACUAGUUGCGGCUCAAAUUUCGAACAAGAGGAAGAUAAGGAACAGUGCAGCCCUGUAUCUGUAUUGGACCCUCCAUUCGAGGACGAUGAUGAUGGACAUGAAGAUGCGGAGGAUGUGGACGAGAACGGGGACGACAGUUUUGAUGAUGAAUGCAGCAGCAGCAGCUAUGCCAUUGUACAGAGAGCAAAGCAAAAGUUAUUGCACAAGCUUCGAAGAUUUGAGAAAUUGGCAGGAUUAGAUCCAAUUGAGCUUGAGAAAAGAAUGUUGGAAGAAGAAGAAGAAGAAGAAGAAGAUGAUGAUGAUGAUGAUGAUCAUAAUGCAGACGACCUAGAGGAAGAGGAUAAAAAUGAAUAUGUGCUAGAAAUAUCAGAUCAAGAAAAGAAUGCCGAGGCAUUUGUUAUGAAAGUCAUUGGCAAAUCAGGCUUCCAGAAUUCACUGAAAAUCCCACAGGACAUGAAGAGAUUGGUUUCAGAUCUCAUUGGCGAGGAGGGAAGAGAACAGAAUGUCUUUGACAGUGAUAAAGAAGAGGUGGUGAAUAGGGUUUGCAAGAGGUUGGAAGCGUGGAAAGAGGUAGAAUUCUACACUAUUAACAUGAUGGUAGAGCAAGAUCUCAGAAGAGGGCAUGAUGGUUGGAAGGGAAAUCGGGAGCAGGUCGGAGAGACAGCACUGGAGAUUGAGAUGGCCAUCUUUGAACUGCUAGUUCAGGAAGUGUCUGAGGAACUAGUUUCUCUUGGGGGAAAAUGACAGGGGCUGAGGUUACAUUCAAAUAAUUGAAUUUUGGUAUAACCUUUUUUUUUGUUUUGUUUUGUUUUGUUUUUGUUUUUGGGAGGUUAAAAUUAGAUUUCAAUUGGAGCAUAGUGUGACUUGCACCAUGUAGAGAUAGGCUAAAUAGGAAAAUGACUGAAGAAGUGGUAACAGGUACUAUGUAUAUGAAUCAUGCAAGCAGUGGGGAAUCGUGUAUUUAUCCUUGCCCAAUGAAACUUGACGGGUACAAUUUAUUGGCCCGCUAUGUAAUUACAGAUUUUAUUUCAUA